UUUACUGUUGUGUCUGUAAUUUUCUGUAAUAGGUAACAUCAUUUCUUCUUUCUUUACCUUAAUUAGGAUCAAGUGAAAGUUUAGUUGUAAGAACAAAUUCUGCACUGCGUAGUCACUUUUGAAGGAACUUGGUACAAACAUUUACUUGGAGCUCACAGAUUGUCCUGAGGCAGUGGUUCCCAACCUGCGGGUCGAUACACCCAAGAGGGUCCCAAGAUACAUCUAAGGGGUUGUGAGAUGUUUUAACAGGACAGAAAAAUAGAAAAAAAAAACAUUUUUUGCCACACAAAAUUACAUUUACUUGUCUUGUUUCAAAUCUUUGCUUUUUUUUCUUGAGAAUUAUAAGAAACGUUUACGUUUUCAAAUCGUUGGAAAACAAAUAAAACAUGAGGAAAAAAAUCACUCUUUGAACUGGACUCCUAUAGACUGAUGCAACCUGUGAUAAAGGGUCACAAGUGGACAUAAUCCGUUUAAGGGGUUAUAAGCCAAAAGGCUGGGAACCACCAUCUUAAAACAGUUUAAGUCAUCUUAAAGAUGGAGGGGGAAAAACAUUAGUUUUAACCAAAGACAAAAAAAGAUCAGGGUUGGGUCUUACUAAUGUCAAAGUCCAGCAAGCACACAAAUAGUUUGCACACCCAAAUCGUCCUUAAACAAUAGAGGGGAGCAAAAUGCAAAGACCUUCCAGCCACACCUCCUUGAGCGUGAGAUGGGUUUUUAGCUUCAGAAUGGAGUCUUGACGUUGUGACCUGUCAUCAGUGAUGUUUGUGGGACGAUGCCACGCUUGCAGUCUGGUGUUUGGAAACAUUUCACCCCAGCUAUCAAAGAUGGGAGGGAGACCUUCAUGUGCAACUACUGUUCAAAGACAUACACAAAGAAUGCUACCAAGAUGCAGAUGCAUUUGGACAAAUGCAAGGAGUACUCCGUGGUUUCGCAGCAGUCACCGGGCCCAGAUGGGAGCUCCUCUGCCUCCAUUCCUGUUCCCUCCUUCUCGUUCUUACCAUCUGCCACUCCUGGGGGACAGUUCCUCAUUGAUUCGGUGGAUCAGCGCAGCCAGGCGUAUGCUGACGAGUGUCUGGCAAGAGCUGUGUAUGCCACUUCCUCACCCCUCACUCUCACAGACAAUAUUUAUUGGAAACGAUUUUUCAGCGUGCUCCGGCCUGCUUACUGUCCACCCACCAGAGAGGCUCUGUCCUCUCAUCUCUUGGACUGUGAGUAUGACAGAGUACAAAGCCAGGUUCAUGAGGCCAUAGGGAAAGCAGACUGUGUCACCAUCAUCUGCAGUGGCUGGUCUAACAUAAAAGAAACUGGAACUAUCAUUUAUAUGGUUGCAACUCCUGUGCCACUGUUCUACAAAUGUACAAAGACAAAGGAGAAGACACACACAAGCGCGUUUUUUGCUGAUGAACUAAAAGAUAUUAUAAAUGAAGUGGGGCCACAAAAGGUCUUUGCUGUUGUCACUGAUGACGCCCCGGAAAUGACGGCAGCUUGGGCUCAAGUAGAGGAAGCCUUCCCGCAUAUAUCAGCUUUCGGCUGCACAGCAUGUGGCAUCCAGCAGCUCUUUGAUGAUGCGGUUGCACAGCCAUCUAUGAAGGCUCUGUGCAGGAGAGCUGAGCAGGUGGUGAGGUAUGUUAGAGAGCGAAAAAUAUUAGCAUGGACCUUUAGAUGCAGGCAGGCUACAAAGAUAAGAAACCACACUGCUAAUGGGACAACAUUGGCACUGCCUAUUAGCUCUGACUGGACUGGUGUGGUUAACAUGUUCAGCAGCCUCCUGGAGGGUCAGAACUCUCUACAGGAGAUGGCCGUCUCACCCACACUGGAUAUUGAAGCAUCCAUUAGGGCCACAGUACAGGAUGCAGCAUUUUGGAAAGGGUUAAGCAGCAGUCGAAACCUGCUCUACUUGAUUGGGAAUUAUAUUGAUUACAUGAAAAGAGAAGAUACUGUACUCUCUGGUGUUGUUGACAUGUUCAUCCAGUUAAAAUACCACAUUGGAGCUUCGCUGUCUGGGUCUGUGCUUUACAGUGCUGAACAGAAAGCUCUCCAGGCAUCAUUAGACAGGUGUCAGGCGUUUUGCGUGAAGCCCAUCCACGCAGCAGCGUACAUGCUGGAUCCAAAGCACGUUGGACAGCAGACACUCUCCGGGGAGCAGAUAAACAGUGCUUACUAUGUGAUAUCCAAUCUGUCACACCAUCUAAAUCUUGAUGAGGGUAAAGUACUUGGCAGCUUUGCCAGAUUCUCAGCCAAGCAGGGACUAUGGAAGGGGGCCGGGAUAUGGAGCUCAUGCCAGCACGUGUCCGCAUCCACCUGGUGGAAAGGGCUGUGUUCUUCUGAGCCGCUGUCCGCUGUGGCCGCUGCUAUCCUCCAGAUCCCACCAACAACAGGUGCUUGCGAGCGCCUACGGUCGAGCUUUUGCAGUACCGGUGCACAAAUGGUGCAAAGUUCUCUCUCAGCCAGCAGGGUGCAAAAACUGAUAGCAGUACAGGCGAAUCUCAAUCUUUUAGAGCCAAGUGAUUGUGAGUAUGCUCCGCUGGAGAGUGAGGAAGAGAAGAAAGUAUUAUUUCAAUCUGACACUCAAUAGAAAGACAAAAUGAGAUAUCUGAAGCUAUGUACAGCAGACCACAUGGAUUGUGAAGGAAAUUCAAAGAAAAAACCUUACAAGUCAACAAAAUACAGACAGCUUAUUAGGUUAAAUGUAUAUUUCCCAUGACUUGUAUGGAGUUAGUUUGAACUUUCUCAGCUAUGAUUGCACUGUGCUCACAUUCUUCUCUUCACUCCAACGCCUGUGAAAAAAUGAAACGCACGAGUGACUGAAUCUGAUGCCUUCAUGUGUUUUAUUCAUAUACAAUGCAUUCUCAUGUAGUUUUUUUAUUACAGUUUCAAAUAGUGUGUAUCAACUUUAUAAUCACAAUAUGAAAUAAUAACAGACAGACAAGAGGUCUAAUCAUCUGUUAAAGCAUUUACAUGGUGUAAAUAAAACGAUUGUAUUUAUUCAGCAUAAACCUUUUGUCUGUUCUGAGUUUAUAAUUGUGUGUCAAGAAAAUAAAACAUUGCAAAAGUGUGUUCCUACAGAAUUAGGCUAAAGGACAAGUUUGAAACUUUCGGAAAUAUGCCUAUUCACUUUCUUGCAGAGAGUUAGAUGAGAAGAUUGGUAACACUCUCGUUUAUGUCUGUUAAAUAUAAGGAUAUAGCCAACAGCAAGUUAGCUUAAUUUAGAACUAUUUCUUCACCAGGAGAAGUAAUAGUCCCGCACAUAAUCCCCCAUGACCUCCCAAUUUGUCGUUUUUGCACUUUUUUGUAUAGAUUAAACAAACAAGAAAUAACAUGUUAAUUAGUGAGCUUUAGAAGUGCAAGUAAGCAGAUUUUGUUACCUUCUGACAGUGCCAGUCUUUUGCUGUCUAUGGCUGUAGCCCUAUAUUAACAGGCAGAUAUGAGAGUGGUAUUGAUCUUAUCUAAUGCUCAUCAAGAAAGCAAAUAAGUGUAUUUCCCAGAAUGUCUAAAUAUUGCUCUAUGGAACAAAUAAUUCCCAUUUAUCAGUUCUGGGGUAGUAAUACAAACUGUAUAAUAUAAUCUGUUAAAUAAGUUAAAAUUGUAAUAAAGGGGAAAAACUCCAACUUUA